AUUUCUUGCCAUCACUAGCCAUGAAAGAUCAAAAGCACACAUCAAAAUGACAUCAUAGAAUAGAACAUCAACAACUUACCUCAAAAAUGUCUUAAUUAUCUAAACAAAAUUAUCAGUUUUUCCGUCCUUGAAUAUUUCACAUUUUCGAGAGCAUUCCAAGCGGGAAAUUUAAAAAUGAAUAAGAAACCAAAGAAUUAUUUUGAUGAGAAGGGCGAGGUAGUAGAAGAUGUAUUCAUCACUGAAACGUCCCAAAUUCAAAGACAUUCCACACCUGGCCCAACAGCUAACCGAUCGAACCCUAAUAGAAUAAAAAAACAUUAUGGCAGUGAGUUUCUCCCAUCGGAAAAUUCUCCCAGUAAUCCCAGUAUGGAUAUGGGACAGGAGAAGGAGAAACAGAUUAUAGUGGCACUCAAAAAAACUCCCAAGGACAACACCACAGUUGAAGGAAAAAUUAAUAUAAUUUCUCAAAUAGAUGGACCUAGAGAAGUACUUUGCUGCAAGUACAAUGAAGAAUUUGACUAUUUGGCUGCAGGAUAUUCUGAUGGAAUCAUUAGGGUAUUUCAAAGUGGAACUGGAGAACAAAUUUUCACAUUAACUGAUAUGGAUGUGAAAGAUAACAGAGCCCCAGUUACAUGCAUCCAGCAUAGGCCUGUUUCAAAAAUUUAUCCCAUAACAAACUGCUUCACUGGAACAUAUGCGAACGGUUGUGUAAAAUGCUGGAGUUACCAUUUCAACCAGUGCCUCUAUACUAUAAAGGAAAAACGGCAGACUUUCGGGAUAACUUAUCACCCUCGUUUUCCGAAGUUCGUCACCUAUGGGGACGAUCUGAAGGUCUAUUUCUAUGAUGAGGAAAGUAAGACGCAGGAACGUGUUCUGAUGGCCAGCGAAGACCCCGAGAAGCACGACGGGCACAUGUCGCGCGUGUUCGCCGCCUGUUUCCACCCGCGCAACAACUACGAGCUGAUCACGGGCGGCUGGGACGACGUCGUCCAGUUCUGGGACCUGCGGCAGCCGUACGCCAUCCGGCACCUGUCGGGAGUGCACGUGUGCGGGGAGGGGUUGGACGUCAACGCCAAGGGUACGGAGGUGCUGACCUGUGGCUUCCAAAAUACAGAUUAUCUUCAGUUAUGGGACUAUGGUAGUGGAAAGAGAAUUUCUUGCUUGGAGCCUGACAUAUACAAUAGCAAACUAUAUUGUGGGAAAUAUGUGACAAAGGACUUCAUAGUUACUGGAGGCACCGAUCCAAAUAUUCUUCGUAUUGUAGAUCUUCAAACAACAACAACGGCUGCUUCUAUCAAUUUCCUCCCUGGAGCAGUGUAUGCCAUCGAUGUUGGACCGGUAAAAAAGAAGGAUAAAGAGAAGGAAAAGGAGACGGUCAGAGUGAAAAGUGAUAUAUCAUCGGUACCGAAAAUCGCCUUCGUUUCCACAAAGAAAUUGUACCAAGUAGAUUUCUACUGACCGAUUUGUUGUCGGUACCUAUGUAUGGAACAAAAAAAUGAAACUAACUUUAAACAAUCGCUUUUAUAUUUUUCUUACCGAGAACAUUUCUAAGCAUUACAUAAUAUAAUUUACAUCUAUCAUACAAAAAAAGGUCUAUCACACAAAUACACACAAAAGCAAGAGGACAGCAUGUUAACAUAACAUAAUAUUCCGAAACGAAAGAUCUUAUCAAAAGAGCCAUAAAAUCCACACGUCCCCCAAAAAACAAGGGUCCAUGCUAUAAAAGUUGAAAAUCAACGUCUAUAACAACGAUAAGAGAAAUAAAUAUUGAUUUCACAGUAUCACUUCUAAUUUCUAAUCGCCAUUAAUGUCUAUGUGAUGUCAUAUUAGCUUUGAAGAAAGGAUACACAUGCAAUUAAUUUUAUUUACAUGUUGAACUUGGAAUCUAAUACAAGACACAAGUUCAAGCUACGACAUUUAAAGCAACGUUUGUCGACUAUAAAUUUCAUGAGCAUUGUUACUCGUCAAUCAAUGCAUCUCAGUUUAUUCUAAAUAUCUAUGAAUGGUAUAUAAGUAAUGAUUCACAGAGCAGAAGGAAAAUUGCAAGUGCAAAUAUUCUUGUUAAAAUUCAGUUAAAGUCGUUGAACACAACUUAGCCACCCCUGCCUACAGUAUACGUGACAUUUUCGAAAUAUUUGCUAGAGAGUUGAAGUAAUCACUGUACGUAGACCUCCACGUAAACGUUAAAGUACGAAAAAUAACGUUUACGUAUUGUCUUCAAAUUGAGUUGAAGUCGUCACUGUCAUCGUAACGUUAUAACAAAUUAUGUUAUCGGUUUGUAUUGGUCAGUUUUGGUUGUUUGUUUAGAUCAAAACAUUUAUUCGUGUUAAAAUGGAAGGUUGCCCUGAUGCAGAACUCCUUAAGGAUCCCGAAUUUGAUGAUUUUGACUCAUCGGCAUAUUUCGAGUUUGGUUCGGUUAACGUACGUUGAUAUUUAAGGUAUACGUGAAAGUACGUGAGAUAACGUACACCCGUAAGCCCACUAGCAACGCGAACGUGAAGAAUUGAAAAAUGCGCAUGCGUAGCUGUCAAUUUCUACGUUAACGUUAACGUUCGUGGCAACACUUCAACUCUCUGCUAUUUUAUUGUUGGACAUAAAGUGUUCUUCAGAUACAUCUUUGUUAUUCAUCAUAAUAGGUGUUAGAUGAAAACGAUAGUGAAACAUAAAAAAACGUCGUGUCAAAAUCGUUAGAUUUUGUACAAUAUGUAUUAUUCCAAAAUGCGGCAUAAUGAAUACUGAACCAAAGUAUAUGUUCUGAAAAUAUUUACAUUUAGCAUCAGUUGAAUUAGUAUACUUUUUUUUGUCUAGGACUAGGAGAAACAAGAAAAUUAUAUUUGAAUUCAAGCAUUUCCCCAGUCACAAAAUGAAACACUAUCAAUUUUGACUUGGUGUUUUUCCCAUACUUUUCUGAACACACAAGAAGAGUUUGAAUCAUUUUGCUACAAGCAAUCUACUACUGCCCUGUGUACCUACCAUUACUAAUAAACCAUCCUGCAUAGAUAAGGAAGAGACAUUCCUAUAGAAAUGAGUACAUGUAGACGAAACAAUUUUCAAACUGUCAUCAUAACGUGACUGAGCCUUACCACAUCAUUUUCUGGAUAUAAAGUUAGGAUCAUACACUUGAAUGAUUUUCCCAUGUUCCACAUUCUUCAAUACACACCAGACUAGAAUUCUCAACAGCCGAUAAGUCUGUAGGUACUCCUUCAGUUUCUAUGAACAUUUUUCUGCUUGGGUAGAAAAAGUGACUGAUCAAGGAAGAAACACAUGUAAAAUACUUCAUAAAUCAAUUCAUAAUCUGUAAACCUCCAUCAUCCAUGAAUCAUCACCUUUCAUUAAUUCUUCCUUCAUAAUUAUUGUUAUCAUGGUCCACAGUUGACUUAUUUGGCAGUAAGAAUAUUAAGGUUGUCCUUUUGAUAUCAGAUGAUGAACAGAAAAUCACAAUAAGUAAAAAAGAGUUUGUAAAGUAGCAAUAAAAAAUGUACAUAUUCAACAAGAUCGAAAAAUACAUUUGCUAUAUACAGGAAGCUAACACAUACAAUUUUUACCUAAACAAUAGUUUGCACUAAUUUUUCCAGCAUAAACUGCUUUAUUUUGUUGAGUUAUUUACAAGCUGUGCCCUAUUCCAAUAUUUUGUGCAAUUUUUUCAGUUCCUGGAUGCCUUAUAUCAUAAUGAAUCAUCACAAACUGCAACAGAUAAAGAUUAUGGCUGAUAGUCUCUCUCAUUAUAUUUUGAAGUGAUAUGAAAAAAUAAUUACAGAAAACUUAUGGAAUCUGGAACUGGAAUAUAGUGAUUUUCAAAAAAUAUGAAUCAAUUAGAUAGUGACAUUAAAUUUCGUUCAUCUGUAUGAACAAACUAAAAUUGAAAUUUGGAAAUUGAAAGUUAUAUUUUUGCACUGGAAAUAUUGUGAUCACUGUAUAUUUGCCACAUGUUAAUAAUUGUUAGGGACUUUUGUAGAAUAUGAUUUUUUUCAUCGAGAUUUGAAAUAAAAAUUCAUGAUCCGUAAAUUUCUUAAACUACAAAUCUGGUAAAUAGCAAAAACUUUGAUAUACAGAUUUUCCAGAAGGAAUUUGUAUGGGUGUUGUGAAUCUACAUUGAUAGGCCCUAAUCAUCCCCCUGUCUGCCCCCUCGCCCGUGAAAGAGACCUGUCACUGCCACGUGAUCACAAGUGGCAAUGUUUCAUCCUUUUCCAUGUUUUGUAAUUACAAAUAUUUUUCGAAAUUGAAAGACACAAUGAUGUUGUCAAGAAGAUAUAGACGGAAAUCGCAUUUCUUUCGUGUGUACAGGAUCCUCAUGUAUAUUUUGGCAUUAUCUCUAGAGGUUUUUUUUUAACUAUCGCACCUAAUUUUUAUUCUCAGUCGAACUUGUCGAAUAUUUUCGCCUACAAGAACCCACGUAAUUUCCAACUGUUGAUUCGUCCACUUAAUCGUCAACCACCAAUUUGCAAAAAUUGUCGUUUCAUUCAGCCGAGGUUGAUUUUUUCCUCAAAAAGAAAACUCACCUCCAAAUUCUCAGUAGAGAAUUUUAAUGAAAGAUAUUUGAACCAGCCAAAUGUGUUCUAAGAUAUACACUUGUCUAUAACCAUACAGUGGGCGCUAAUAUCACCAUAGAAACCCAUCAAGAAGCUAGUAGCAAAAAUAAUAAAAAAGUCUUAGACAUUCUUAAUAAUUAUUUGUCUGAACAAUGUAACAAACACCAAGAAGCAUUCUAUGAAUCAAAUGUUAUUUUAAUUAUUGUUGUUAUCAACUUCCUCAUGCCAGAAUUUAUUUCUGAGUGGGAGCUAGUUUCUCAAUAAACAAUUAACAUGGAAAGCUUUUCAUGGAUUGAAAAUUUCUAGGCCCUGAUUAUUCACUAUACUCAGAUAGUGUUGACUCUAGGAAUGACAUUUUUUGUUUUAUAAUCAGCAACAAAAUAUGAAACAUAUUCUUGAGUUCUCAUUAUAUUUAGGAGAACACCUAAUUGCAAUGGCUUCUAGUUGAUAGGAGCAAUGUAUUUGGAGAUCUACAUUAGCUAUUUGAGCUGGAUGAGCAUGUAUCCAUCAAAUUGUGAUCAAGUUUCUAUUGAUCCUAAUAUCCAGGAAUUUCCCCAUCUUGUAUGGUAUUCAGAAGUCCGAGGUACUUUUUAUUUGGCAAAAUUGGAUAGUUUCCUCUCAACUCAUUUAUUUCUAAUAUUUCCGUAAAAACGUCAGACAAGUCACUAUACUUGUGAAUCUCCUGUUCUUCAUCAAAUUAUAUUUGUUUUUACCCCCUUAUUCCAUGGGGACAAGGAAUGCCAAUUGGCCUUUUUGUUACUUCAUAUUGGCAAUGCAGUAAUAACAAUGUGGUUAUGUGUAUAAUGAACAAAUAGGUACUAGAGAUAAGGUACUGAAUGGUCUAUUUUUGCACCCUUGACAUCUAAAGAACUAUUUCACUCUGAAUUCCGCGAAUUACUAAUGAAAAUCACGAAAAAUACUGUUAUUACCUUUCAAACCUACGAAGCACUUAUGUGGCAACACAGCUAUGCAAUGGCUGUGGGAAAUGCCGAUGCUGCCAAAUUGCAUAGUACCGACACACCAACCGUUCAUACGAGAAAGGGGGACAUUUUGAUUUUCUUUCACCUCAUAAAAGAUAAAAUGAGAUAGAUUUUGGAUUGGUGUAUUUCUGAAAUUUCAAAUAUUUUGCAUAUCUUUGAAUACUUUGAACAGGUCUAAGAGUGUUUCCAUCAUUAUCAAAAAAAGAUCUUUAUAGCUUCUUCCAUUUCAACUCAAUGACUAAUUACCGGUCGCCCACACCAACGAUUGGGAAGACAGGGCCACAGGAGGCUGAAUCAGUUUAGCUACACUACUGAUAGAUUUUCUCAUAAAUAUUAUUCACACCACUUCAAAAACCGAUUGAAUCAGCAUAGUAAAAUGACCUACCCUCGGAAAUCCAUCGGACUUUGCUAUAUUUAUAUCACAUCUUACGCAACUUAUCACACUUAAGCUCAUCCGGCAAACCACCCCCGCGCCAACAACCGAAAAAAAAAAACGAACACCGAGUGCGGUCACAGCCUCCUCUGUAAUUUGAGCGUUACAUAGUGUUAUAGACGGGAUUAUUGUGCCGCGGCUUGAUAUUCAACCUGGCCAAUGGAUGGCUCUUCCCGUACUGCUGCUGCUUCUUCUUCGCCGCCGUGAUCACGGUGGCGGCGACCACCAUACAGGGCGAGGCGUUCCGCACCACCGGCACCAUGGGCGGGCGCUUCUCCUCCGAACCGGUCGUCUUCUUCGCCAUACUGUCGAUCAGCGGCGUCUGGAUGAUGCGCGGCGACACCUCGAUGCACGAAUAACGCGUGUUGCGGUUCUGCGCGAACGGACGCGACUUUUGCCGGAGAUUCACGACGCUCUCCUUGUUCUCGAACAGCCCGAUCAGGUUUUUCAGGUUGACGUCGUCCGACGCGAGUUUGUCCGCUUUGGGGAGGUGCACGCUCACCGGCGAUGAAGGCAAACUGGUCCCUUUGUGUUUGGAACUGGACUUGGCUUCGAACUCCUUCUUCAAGUUCCUCACUUUGCCGGAGCCGUUAGUGUCCAGCAGAUCUUCGUUUUUCUUCGAGUUCGAGCCCGUGUCUUGGCUGUGUAGGCUCUCUAGGAAGCUGGUGUGCUUCUUCACUGACGAGCCCUUGUCUAUCGUGGAAACGUUGGAGGCGGAUCGGGAUAGCGAGCUUCCUUGAGAGACCAGCUCCAUGGAGGAAGGCUCGGGAGCGCUGAUGGACAGUCUGGACGAGUCGGAGUACUUGUGCUCCUCCACUGGAAUGUCUAUUUUGUCAGAUAUGGCACUGGAGGGGAUGGGGUGGUCGCAGGGCGCUACCAGUACGGGGUUUAUGGCUUCGGCGGGUUCCUGGAUGAGGUCGAACAGGAGUGUUUCCGAGCUGGGCGUUUUGCCGGUCGAGUUUUCUUCCAGCUUCUGUUUCGACCUGAUUGAGGAAUACAAAACAUUGGAAUUGGG